UAGUUUGCGUGGUGAAGCUUAUCUGAAUGUACAUGCACACAAAUAAAUAUCAGCUUAAGCAGUACUAAUUCCUCAAUUUUAUACACUUAAAUUAUAGAUUUCUCCCCUCAAUAUUCCUUGCCAAAAAUAAAAAUAAAAAUAAAAAUAAAUGGAUCUUCCCUGGUAUUCUCUUCUAAUUCCUCUGUUUGUCUUCAUUUUCUUCCUUCAUCAAUGGUUCUUUACUACUUCAAAUCACAAAAAACGGUUACCACCAUCUCCAAGAAAGCUUCCAAUCAUAGGAAAUCUGCACCAACUAGGGCCGCUUCCUUACCGUUCUCUCCAUAAACUAUCAGAAAAACAUGGUCCAGUCAUGCUACUUCACUUGGGCAGUAAGCCAGUGCUUAUUGCUUCCUCUGUAGAUGCUGCUCGCGGUAUCAUCAAAACCCACGAUCUCGUCUGGUCAAACAGACCUAAAUCUAGAAUGGCUGAUAGACUCCUUUAUGGCUCCAAGGAUGUGGCCUUUAGUCCCUAUGGUGAAUACUGGAGACAAAUUAAAAGCAUCGCCGUGCUUCACCUUCUCAGCAACAAACGAGUCCAAUCUUAUCGCGAUAUCAGAGAAGAAGAAACAUCGAGUAUGAUUGAAAAAAUCAGACAAGAUUGUGGUUCUUCGAGUUCAGUGAUUGAUCUAAGAGAUCUUUUCUGCUGUAUGACUAAUAACAUAGUUAGCAGAGUGGCCUUAGGGAGAAAAUAUAAUAAAGGAGAAAGUGGAAUUAAUCCUAAGGUCACCCUUGAUGAAACUGGUGAGCUUUUGGGUACUUUUAACGUUGGGGAUUAUAUUCCAUGGCUUGUAUGGGUUAAUAAAAUCAUUGGUUUGGACACCAAAGUGGAGAAAGUAGCUAAAGAGUUGGAUACAUUUUUGGAGAGUGUGAUUGAAGAACACAUUAUUAGGAACAAGAAAGGAGAAAACCGUGCAGGUGAAGCUAAAGACUUCGUGGACAUUUUGUUGGAAAUUCAAAAUGGAAAAGAAACUGGAUUUCCUCUUCAAAGGGAUUCAUUGAAGGCUCUCAUCUUGGAUAAUUUUGCUGCUGGUACGGACACAACGUAUACAGCUUUAGAGUGGAUAAUGACAGAGCUUUUGAGGCAUCCAAGAGCCAUGGAAAAAUUACAGAAUGAAGUGCGAGGAUUAGCCCAAGGGAAAGCGGAGAUAACUGAGGACGACUUAGGAAAUAUGCAUUAUCUGAAAGCAGUGAUCAAAGAGGCUCUCAGGCUUCAUCCACCGGUUCCACUACUAGUUCCUCGAGAAUCAACAGAAGACAUAAAAUUACUUGGCUACCAUAUAGCUGCUAAAACUCAAGUCAUUAUCAAUGCUUGGACAAUCGGAAGAGAUCCUUUAUCAUGGGAAAAUCCAGAGGAGUACCGGCCAGAAAGGUUCUUAAAUAGUAAUAUUGAUGUUAAAGGACUAAACUUUGAGUUGAUUCCCUUCGGAGCUGGUAGAAGGGGCUGCCCAGGAGCUGCUUUUGCUAUUGUGAUAAAUGAGCUAGCAUUAGCAAGGCUUGUGCACAAGUUCAAUUUUUCAUUGCCAGGAGGGUUGAAACCGGAUGAUUUGGAUAUGACUGAAAGCAGUGGCAUCACUAGUCGUAGGAAAUCACCUUUGCUAGCAGUGGCCACCAGAGGCGAAGCCAGGAUUUGAAGCUUGUUGGUUCGGAAUUCUAAUUUUUUAAAGUUACUGGGUUCUUAAUUAAUAAUUCAUAAAUAUUUGACAAAAAAUUUAAUACAAAUAUAUAGUUCGGACAAAAGCUACUGGAUUCGGCCGAACCCACACCCGAGGGGCUAGCUCCGCCCCUGGUGGCCACUCCAUGCUCUAGUUAUUAUGAGUGUGUUUAUCUCCAUUUAGUCCUAUAUAUUAUGCAGAUCACUUAUCUUAAUUGCCAAUAUAUGCCAUGGAACAUUGUUGCUAAUAAGUUCACAUGAUGUGAAAUAAGUGUACUGAUCGAUUCCCUUUCUGAUUGUUUUAUACAUUGGCCAAAUAGUUCAAGCUA